CCGGAGAUAGUCCUGGCGUCCACCUACAUGGCGGCCGAGGACGAACCACCUCCAGUGGAGAUGAACAACCUCAUACGCUACUGCGAACGAGAAAGGCUCGAGCUGGUCAUAUCUGCAGACUGCAACGGCCAUCACAACCUAUGGGGAAUGGAAACCAACAACAAAAGAGGACUGGCAGCUCAACACAUAUCCAACUGGCACGUGUCGGACGAGCUAUCCUGCUCCGACCACAGAUGGAUUCGGUACGACCUAACAGCCGACACACAGACACCCACACCUAGAAGAAACCCGAGACGCACGGACAUACCGGCGUACAAGGAACUUCUGGAAGGUAAACUAGACAAUAACACACACACAGACAGACCUAGCAAUACAAAGGAGUUGGAGGAACAGGUAAACUUACUUAUUAAGAACAUUACCGACAGCUACGAAAACACAUGUCCACUAUCGACCUCAUCAGCUAUUUAGAGGGAAAAGCAGUAACAACAACAGCUGGUGGGGACCGGAGUUGGACCGAAUGAGAACAAAAAUGAGAAGGUUACUUAACAGAGCAAUGAACACAAGAGCUGAAGAGGACUGGGAUAAGUACAAAACAGCUAAAACAGACUAUAAGAAAAGACUGAGAUACAGAAAAUCAGCCACAUGGCGGAAUUUCUGCGAUAACAUAUCCACUGUAACACAGGCAAACAGAACAAGGAAAAUCCUUGCAGACCAACCAAGGCAACUACUGGGCACCCUGAGGAGACAGGAUAAUAGCACCACCAGUAGCCCA